CCCUUGAUCUGUGGUGUGUACAACAAUGGAACAACCACUGUGCCCAAGUUAUAAAAGGUAGACCGUAGAUCUAAUUAAAGUUACUAAAACUCAGGAUUCUGCUGGGUUCAGCGGAAUGGACCGGCCGAGUUUAGCGGGCCUGGCGCUCGCUUUGACCCUCCUGGCUCUGCCUGGAGGGUCGAAGGCUUUCCUGGACUCCAUGUGUAACUCGACGCAGCCCAUUUACGACAUCUCCGUCACUGCGCUCAACGGGUCAAGCUACAAGCUGUCCCAGUACAAAGGCAAGGUGUUGGUGAUCGUCAACGUAGCCAGCUUCUGAGGGCUGGCCACCCCUCAGUACCCCGCCUUGAAUGCACUCCGAAAGGCGUACGAGGGAAAGAUCGAGAUUCUAGCCUUCCCAUGCAACCAGUUCCUGCUUCAGGAGCCAGAAGCCAACGGCGAGAUUCUCAACUUGAUCAAGUACGUCCGUCCUGGUGGAGGGUUUGCACCGACAUUCCCCAUGCACCAGAAGAUUGAAGUUAAUGGGAAAAACACUCAUCCACUCUACAAAGCACUGAAGAGUGUCUGUCCGGCCGUCAAGGAGGAAAUUGGUGACCCAUCCAACUUCUACUGGUCUCCCAUCAGCAACAACGACAUCACUUGGAACUUUCAAAAGUUCCUCAUCGAUUCCAACGGGAUCCCUUAUAAGCGCUACGAUCCCCUGGUGGGCCCCUCCAUGCUGAAGACGGAUAUUGACUUGUUGCUCAAAAAGUCCUCGUAACUUUUUUCAAAAGCAGAGACAUUCUCUAGCUCUUUGCAUUGCAUCAGAUUUCUAGAUGCCUGACUUUUUCUUUACUGUUUUACCAUGAAAUUUCUUCCCCUUUCAGAGAGUUGUCAAAAGCCCAGUUCAGAUUCUGUGCACCCACUUUUGAAAAGCCACUUCUCAGAGACGAAUUUAUUUGAGUUCAAAACCACAAAGUAUUCCUGAACAAAAGGCCACGUUCAAAACACUUGGCUACGGCUUGGAAUUCCACAUGACCCUAUGGGAACUGGCUGCAGCUACUGUCAUAGACUUGUGUAAUUUCAAGCUGCAGCCAAGUGAUUCAGACAUGGCCAAAGGUACCAGUUCAGUGGAAAUCAGUGGGAAUCAGUCAAGUGUUUUCUAGGCAAAUACAUUUUGUGUAAAGCACCAUUCUCAGCUUGGCAUCUCUAUGAAACUGGCCCCUCCCGAUUCCCCCCCCCCAAAAAAAAUUUAAAUGAUGAGGGAGUACUAUCGUUCAACUUCUGAACAAAUAGACAGGGAACAGUUCAUGUAUUUUGUUAAGAUUUCAAAAGAUUUUGUCACGAAGUAUUAUGGCACUAAAGCAAAGCAUUUUUAAAAAUUUGUUGAGAUGACUCGGUAAAGAAUUGAAGAUUUUUUGGAGGGAGUACGUUUUACACAGCUAAUGAUGAGCAAGUCUUAAACGCUUUCAGCGAGGGCCUUGCUCUGAUGUUACUCUCAACAGGUCUGUCUUUGUGCAUUCGGGCAGACACGGGAAGAGUGGAUGUGUAGACACAACAUGCAAAGCUUUGCAGACUCUCAAGAAGUCUUGACUUCUUUCCGAGUUAUUAGUAUAAUUAUUUGAUUAAAUAUUGUGCCAAAAAAAAAUCAA